AUGGCUCUCUGGCCCUUUGGCCGUCAUAAGAAACGAGCUCGCAAGGGCGACGACGAGGCCUACGCCGUUGCCGCUACCGUCGAUCAGCCGCAGCAGCAGCAGCAACAGCGGCAGCUCGCAACGACCACGGCACCAGCAGCAGCCACCACACCACACACUCCGCCAGCCCAGACGACGGACGGUCACGAUGGCCUCUCAGCCGGCAGCAAGCUUGUCCGUAGAGACAGCAAGCGUCAGAAGUACGGCCCAGCUCUGCAGCCGGGUCGCAACGCAUCCUCCCCAUUCCACCGCUCUUCCACUCCUGUAGCUGCCACGACUGCCACGGCCGCUACCACUGCUGACGGCACGUCGUCUGCCUUCUCGUCGCCCAUGACCCUGCCUGACGGUCGAACGCUUCGACAGCCCACUUCGGUGGACACUUUUGCCUCCGUCAAUGCGCUCUCCCCUUCGAAACUCCGGGCCGCGCCAAAGACGAUGUCUCAGCAGGGCGAUGGUGAAGCUUAUCCGGUCCCAACGUUGCACGGUAGACGCAAUGCUACCGAGCCCAGCAUCCUGAGGCGUCGCUCUGAGCGUCGCAGACGCAACGACGCCGAACGGGAGCAGGAAAUCAAACGCAUGGGCAGCUUGGUCUGGGAUCCCAAGAGAAACCGGGCAGAUUCGAGCAAGGCCGCAGACAGACACCUCUCCGACCCUUUCACCACUGCCACCGCUGCUACCUCUUACUCCAGCCCGCUCGUCUCAGACCCGGCAGAGUCGUCCUACACCUUCAAGCUUGGUGCCCUCAACGCUUUGUCUCCACGGCCAUUCCUCCGCUAUGGAGAUGGCAAUCGCACCUCUCUCCCGUCCACGGCGGAGAUAUCCAGGUCGUCCACCACCAAGGACAAGAUCAAGCCCAGAUGGUUCUCGACAGAGUAUUCCUCCGCCAACAGCAGCAAGAAGAUCGAAGACCUCGCCGACUCCAUGGACGCCGGUGCUCUGCGCCAGCUCAUGGAUCGUGACCGACGACGGAGACUCGUUAAGAGACAGAUCCUCAGGGAACAACAGCAGGCUCUGGCGGCGGCCUCUCGUCAACCACCUCCACAGCCCGAGCCAGAAACAGCAGAGGCACCACUUCCACCACCACCACCACCAGUUGAACAUGAACAAGAACGAGAGACGUUCACGGCCGGCAGCCAGGCCAACCUGUCUUCUUCUUCUUCUGUUUCCCCCGACGGAAUGGGAGUCCCCAGGGCUUCAGAACAGCCUAGCUCAUGGCUGCGUGACCCUUCAAAGGAAAGCCUGAUCAAGGAGGACCCCGUCGACUCCACCGGGUUGAAAGAAGAAGACGAAGAAAUAGAUAUCCCUCCAGUGGUCCCCGCCCCAGCUACCCUUGUCUCACGCAAUGGACAGACACUCGAACUCGCCAUCCCCCCCAAUGGGCACCAGGACGAGAUCCCAGACAUACGCCAACACCCUGCGUUCCGCCAACCUUCCGUCUCUGAGGCAUCGACCAAGCCCAGCACCACCCAGAACGAGACCAAGCUCGGCCGGACCUGGACCCAACUGUUCCGUCGACGAGGCACCCAUCGUCGCAAGCUAAACGCCCUCCCAAAGAACAGCUCGUCGGAGUUCUCAGUCACCUCUCGUGGCUCAGGAUCCCGGAUCAACCAGCCGUACCACCCCUCCGCACCCAUAGCCACCACUGCUUCUUCUCACCGUGUCGGAACAGAUACCCAGUCCAUCACCUCAAAGUUCACCGAACACCUCGACGAUGGCUCUGUGGCAGCCCAGGGGUCGCGUGUGUACUCGCCCGAGCCGUUCUCCAACCCUAGAGACGACUCGUACUCCGCCUCCCACCGGAUGAGCGGUGCGGAAAUGUACAGCAUCAGCGGCAUGUCGACGGGAGCCUACGCUCCUGGCCCCGACACCAGGCCCAACAGCACCUUCUUAGCCCAGUCGUUGGCCUCCAUAGAUUCAGAGGGCAGCUGGCUCUCCGGCCGCCCAUCCAGACGUCUCUCCCAGGCACCCCUCAAGAGCCCCGGCUCGACUCGUGAACGUCUGGACGACCCCAUCGAGCCCGAGGGCCAGCUGGACGACGACAACGCAGUCAGCAGCGAUGAAUACUUCGGCACUCUCCCCGUGCCCAAGGAAGAGGAGGAAGAAGACACGGAUGCUAGAGUGGACUCUGACGGCCACCGAGACCUCGUCGUCGACGACAUCGGCCCCUUGAUCGAGGACAGCAUGGAACUAGCCAACGCCGACGGAGACCCGCCAACAUGGCACUCCAGCGUCGGCAAGCGUGCUCGUCUGAUCAGCCCCGAGACCCGUGCAAAAUCUCGCGAGGGCCUCUUCACCGAAUUUAUCGACAGCGAGAACGAAGUCAGCCCCAUCGACGAGACGGAGCCAGAGAUCCGCCGUGCUCACAGCGUUGAUCUGGAACGUCAUAUCCGCCAUAUCAGUGCCGGCAGUGCAAAGCUUGUCACCCUGUGUCGAGCAGAGUCCAGACGGUACAGCGCCGCGUCACUCAGCAGUUCCGGCGUCUUUCCCUCCAAGCCUGAAUAUGAGAUCUAG